CUUUUAGAUGUUCCAAUUGGCAAGCCUAGCCAGGCGAGCACAGUGUUAAUAGUGUCUCAAUUAUUUGUCUCCAAUCUUUAAAUAAUUUUGAACAACUGUUAGCUCACGAGUUAAUUAUUGAAAUUAAGUUAGAGAAAAAUUCAUUCUUUAUCGUUUUUGGAUAUCAUGUACGGACUUUUGAAAUGUAAACCCCUUAUAGAUCUAUCUUGGAAAGAAAAAAAAUAAUUUAUGAUAUAUGUGAGAGUUGAGUUUGUUUAUCUUAGAUAUUUAGAAUGAAUUUAAGUUUUCAACUCAUUUAGAAUAUUGAUGUAAAGAUAGAUAUCCACUCAUCUUUAAAAAAGAAAAAGGAUUAAUUAUAUAAGCAAGUAGAGUGAAAUAAAGAAAGAACAAUUUCCUCCACUUAUCUCCAAAUAAGAAUUUGAGUGAUUGAGAGUCUUCCUCCUCCCAAUUUAAAUUUCCAAUAUGUAGUUAAGUUCUUCUAGCAAGCAAAUUAUGAAUUCAUCUUCGACACAUGUACACCAAUAACAUAGAAAAAAUUCAUGCUAUCAAAUCACUUCUUUCUUCUUCUUCAUUUUUUUUUUUUUUUAAAAUAUAUAAAAUGCGAAGCCAAAUGACAGAAUUACCCUGUGUAGAGAGAACUAGCUAGCGGACCCAUGAUAGUAAUUACCAUAACGAAGGCAUGCAUCAAUUCAGUCUGUGUAUAUAUAUAUAUAUGUUUGUGUUAUGGUUGACUUGCUGUUUAGCCUUUCAACUAAUAAUUCACUCUUAUUGUCCAUUACUUCUCUCGUCUCUCUCCCAAGAAGAGGAGGAGGAGAAGAUGCUGAGGAUAAGAUCAAGGAUCAUCUCGAGUACUUGGAGAUCAUUGCUUCCUCAAAUCUCCAGUAACAAGUUUUCUACCCACUCAGAAAGGAAGUUGGAAGGGAAGGUAGCAGUGAUCACAGGUGCAGCAAGUGGGAUAGGAAAAGAAAGCGCAGCCAAAUUCAUCAGCCAUGGCGCCAAGGUGAUAGUCGCUGAUAUACAUCGGCAGCUCGGCCAACAAACGGCAAGUGAACUGGGAGAUAACGCCACGUUUGUGCCCUGCGACGUCACAAAAGAAUCUGACGUCUCCGACCUGGUGGAUUUUGCCAUUUCCAAACAUGGACAGCUUGACAUAAUGUAUAACAAUGCAGGGGUAGCAUGCCGAACUCCGCUGAGCAUAGUGGACAUUGACCUUGCACAAUUCGAUCGUGUCAUGGCCAUCAAUGUCCGAGGCGUAAUGGCGGGGAUCAAGCACGCAGCUCGAGUGAUGAUUCCGCGGGGGAGCGGCUGCAUUUUGUGCACGGGUAGCGUCACUGGGGUGAUGGGAGGACUAGCACAGCCUACUUAUUCAACUACCAAAUCAUGCGUCAUAGGAAUUGUGAGGUCCAUGACAGCGCAACUGUGCAAAAAUGGAAUAAGAAUCAAUUGCAUUUCUCCAUUUGCUAUUCCAACAGCCUUUUCGUUGGACGAAAUGAGAGAAUACUUCCCAGGGGUGGUACCUGAGGAUCUCACUAAAAUGCUGCACAAUACUAGUGAGCUCAAAGGGGCAUAUUGUGAGCCCAUUGAUGUAGCCAAUGCUGCUCUUUUUUUGGCUAGUGAAGAUGCCAAGUUUAUUAGCGGCCAAAACCUGGUGGUAGAUGGUGGUUUCACCUCGUUUAAAAGUUUAAACUUGUCUCAACAAGUACAAGAACGUUCCACAUAAAUUUAAUACGGAGUUUGGUUCUUGCUGGAA